GGGCAGGGAGCGGGGAUGCCGCCGCGCAGGUCCAGGAUGGAACAUUCCUGCUCGCUCCUGCUGCUCUGUAUUAGUUUCAUUUUUGCACGAGCUCUGCCUCCCAAUGGAACGGAGCUGCCCAAAACAACCACAACAACCAACUCCACCGAGGAGAACACCUUGCACAAGGAGCUGCUGACCUCCCUGCUGAUCCUGGUGCUGGUGGUGAUCAUUUUCGUGGUGCUGGUGGGGUAUUUUUUCAGGUUCAGGAGACACAGGAAAGCUGUGGUCAACUCCGGAGACAAGAAGAUGCCAAAUGGGAUCUUGGAAGAGCAAGAGCAGCAGCGGGUGAUGCUGCUCAGCAGGUCUCCCUCGGGCCCCAAGAAGUAUUUCCCUAUCCCCGUGGAAAAACUGGAGGAGGAAAUCCGGAUACGCUCGGCCGACGAGGGGAAGCUCUUCAGGGAGGAGUUUAAUUCAUUAACAUCUGGAUAUGUGCAGGGAACGUUUGAAAUGGCAAAUAAGGAAGAAAACAGGGAGAAGAACAGAUAUCCCAACAUCCUGCCAUAUGAUCAUUCCAGAGUGAUUUUGACCCAAAUUGAUGGAGUCCCACCUUCGGACUACAUUAAUGCAUCAUAUAUAGAUGGCUAUAAAGAAAAGAAUAAAUUUAUAGCAGCACAAGGACCCAAGCAGGAAACAGUCAAUGACUUCUGGAGGAUGAUCUGGGAGCAGAAGUCAGCCAUCAUUGUCAUGCUAACCAACCUGAAAGAAAGGAAGGAGGAGAAGUGUUUCCAGUACUGGCCCGAGCAGGGCUGCUGGACGUACGGCGGCGUGCGCGUGUCCGUGGAGGACUCGGUGGUGCUGGUGGAUUACACCGUGCGCAAGUUCUGCGUGCACUCGCUCCACGAGGGAUGCAAAGCUCCAAGGCUUGUCACACAGCUCCACUUCACCAGCUGGCCGGAUUUUGGGGUGCCUUUCACACCUAUUGGCAUGCUGAAAUUCCUGAAAAAAGUCAAAACCUUGAAUCCUGCCCAUGCUGGACCAAUUGUUGUUCACUGUAGCGCGGGCGUGGGGCGCACGGGCACCUUCAUCGUCAUCGACGCCAUCAUCGACAUGAUGCACGCCGAGCAGAAGGUCGACGUCUUCGAGUUCGUCUCCAGGAUCCGCAACCAGCGGCCCCAGAUGGUCCAGACUGAUAUGCAAUAUUCCUUCAUUUACCAAGCCUUACUCGAGUACUACCUCUACGGUGACACGGAGCUGGAUGUGUCAUCCCUGGAAAAACACCUCCAGACUUCCCACAAUGCAGCCCCAAACCUGGUCAAAAUAGGCCUGGAAGAGGAAUUUAAAAAGCUGACCAACGUCCGCAUCAUGAAGGAGAACAUGAGGACUGGCAACCUCCCGGCCAACAUGAAGAAAGCAAGAGUCAUCCAGAUCAUCCCCUAUGAUUUUAACAGAGUGAUUCUGUCCAUGAAAAGAGGGCAGGAGUACACAGAUUACAUCAAUGCUUCCUUCAUAGAUGGCUAUCGGCAGAAGGAUUAUUUCAUCGCCACCCAGGGCCCCCUCCCUCACACCGUGGAGGAUUUCUGGAGGAUGGUGUGGGAGUGGAAGUGCCACACCAUCGUGAUGCUCACCGAGGUCCAGGAGAGGGAGCAGGAAAAAUGCUGCCAGUACUGGCCAUCAGAGGGCUCUGUGACUCACGGAGAGAUCACGGUGGAAAUCAAGAGUGACAGCCUGAUGGAUGCCUUCAGUGUGAGGGACUUCCUGGUCACAUAUAAUCCGAGCAACCAGGAGAAGCAGAGCAGGCUGGUCAGGCAGUUCCACUUCCACGGGUGGCCGGAGAUCGGGAUUCCUGCCGAGGGGAAGGGCAUGAUCGACCUCAUUGCAGCUGUGCAGAAGCAGCAGCAGCAGACAGGGAACCACCCCAUCACUGUGCACUGCAGUGCUGGAGCAGGGAGAACAGGAACCUUCAUUGCCCUGAGCAACAUCCUGGAACGGGUGAAGGCUGAGGGGCUCCUGGACGUGUUCCAGGCUGUGAAGAGCUUGAGGCUGCAGAGGCCACACAUGGUGCAGACACUGGAACAGUAUGAAUUCUGCUACAGAGUGGUACAAGAUUUCAUCGACAUCUUUUCAGAUUAUGCUAAUUUCAAAUGAGAUUUCUGCCUUAUUUUUUAAUUUGUCUGUAUAAAUAGUUGUAUAUUAUGUUAAUUUAUUCAGUGUCACUUGGGUUGUUGACUGAACUGUAAAUACGUUGUUGUGCUGGCUCUAAAAGUUGCAUUUGCUGUAUAAAGUUGUUUCUUAAAUAUAAAUAUCUUCUAAAGCAAAGUAUAAUGUUCCUAUACUGUAUAGCACUGUAAGAUGGGAUAGAAAUCUUUAUUCUAAAUAACAAAAAAUUAAUUUGUUUGAACAUGUUUUGUUCACCAGGGGAAUAUGUUCACCAUGAAAAUAGGUAUUUAUUUUCCCAGGCUGUUUUAAAGAGCCUCCAGGUUUUGUUGGAUUUUGAGUCAUACUGUUCACAGGAAAAAAUCAGUAGGAAUACGGAUUUGAAUUUUUGAUUUAACAGAACUUUCAAAGCCCUGUUCAUUUGGUUUUUUUCCAAAUAUUAUUUGGGUUGACGUAGAAAGGCAAUAAUGUGAUUUUUAGAAUAUUUUGCAUAUUUGAAAAGUAUAUUUUGCAGCACCUGAACUUGUCUACUUGAAGAGAAAGGCCAGAAAUGGAGUUAAAGCAUCUCUUCUCUAUAAAGACCUGCAUAAUUUCCCACUUCUUUAAAAUAAGAGAUGAACUCUUAUUCCUUGAUUUGACUCAGCAGGAUAAUUAAGAGGUAAAUAUUGGAAAAAAAAAUUUAUGAACAGUUUAAUGCCUGAAACAUUGAGUAUUGUAGCAAAAGUUCCUCCAGGUCCUUACCUUCCCAGAAAUGUUAUCAAAAAAGGACUUUAAGGGGUUUAGGGUUGUGUACAGAGAUAUAUUUUUUUGAAAGUACUACUGAGAAUAGAAUUGGUGACAGAAAAUCUAAAAGUUUUUAUUACAGCCCUGAUCAGGGGCAGGGAAAUCCCCAAAAUCGGAGGGCACCUGAAUGUUGAAUAAUUACCAAAUUUAUCUUUCCCACUCUUCCAAAAGCAUCUCUGACUGAAUGAGCACAAAGGGGUGAAUCUGUAAUUAAUUAAAUAACAAAUAUGCAACAUUUCUGUCUCAUCCAGCCAGGCUUUGGCCAUGCAGCACCAAAGCCUUAUUUCAAACAAGCAGCUUAAAAUGAGCUUUUCCCUGCUGUUCUUGCACUAUUUUAUCCCGUUCCUGUAGAAUCUCAUUGCACCUUGGAGCAAUGCCAGGGGAUGGGAAGGUGCCCCUUGGUCUCCUUCCAUUCCAGCCUGGCUGGAAAAUGUUUGGGGUGGGAAUUCCUGAGCCCCAACCCCCAGAGUGCCACUGGCUGUUCUUGUCUUCCCAUUGCUGCACUCCUGUAUUUAUUUGUACAGUAAAUGAUGCACUUAAAAAAUGAGAUUGUUUAAAGACUAAACCUCGCUGUGAGUCUCUAUGAGAAGAAACUCUCAAGCCACAGGGUUGGGUACUGAAAGUGGAGCUGAGGAAGGGCAUGUUCCUGAAAUUCCAUCCAAAUGCAAAGAGUUGAAUAAAUUCAGCCAUGGAAAUGAUACAGUGGGGUUCUUUCAGACCAUUUGGCCCACAUUUGUGAUAUAAUAAUCUGUCAGAAUUAUGAGUUCCUGAUGUAAAAACUUGGAGUGAGUUGUCCAUGAAGUCAGUCUCAGUGCAGGGAGACUCCAAAAGGUUGGAAAAUAAUGCAAAAUAAUUCCCAUUUUUUGAUCCUGAUGUCAGGGUCUUUCCAAUCAUUUAGCCAUCAUUUGAAUAAUAAUAAUAGUUUGUCUGUUAGGCAGAUUUUGUGGGUCCCUGAGGUAAGUCAAUCUCAGUGCAGGGAGACUGAACAAUUGUAAAAUGAUGUAAAGGAAUUCCAAUUGUAUGAUCCUGAUGUCAGGGUCUUUCCAACCAUUUAGGGGGCAUUAUAAUAAUAAUAAUAAUUUUUCUGUUGGGCAGAAUUUGUGGGUCCCUGUGGUAAAAACUGGGGCUGUCUCCUGAAGUCAGUCUCAGUGCAGGGAGACACCAAAAGGUUGGAAAAGAAAGAAAUUCACAUUUUAUGAGCCUGAUGUCAGGAUCUUUCUGACCCUUCAGCCAGCAUUUGAACAAAAAGAAUUUGUGUGUUGGGCAGAUUUUGGGGCCCUGAGGUAAAACCUCGGGUUGAGUUGGCCACGAGGUCGAUCUCGGUGCAGCAGUGGUGGGGUGUGAGGGUGUGGGGGUCCCACAGCCCCCCAGGAGCUGCAGCACAGCUCCAGCUGCCCACGGGGUUCCCUAAAGGCCUCCUUCCAACCAGGAGCAGGAUGGAGUUCAGCUGGAACGCCAGCUCCUCGGUGGGUACUCAGAUUUUAGUUGAUAACCAGAUUGAGAUACGGAGGGAGGGAAGAGAAAUGCCCAAAAUACAAUUCAGAACUCCCGGCUGUAGGUUCUUGUGGAAUUUGAAGAGCUCUCUUGGCAGUCACCGUGUGUGCUCCAUGGCUGGAGCUCUGGGGAAGGUCUUGGUGGAUUGGAAUGUUCCUUUCAAUCUCCAUCUGUUGCAUGGAAUUCCUUUAAGAGGCCAAAUAGUUGGAUUGGAAGUGUCCUUCCAGUCUACCUGUGGUUUUGGUCACUGUGUGACUUGGACUGUUCAUGUGUUCAGAAGGUCCCAGCUCAGCUCAGCGUUGAGGCGUUCGCUUCCCAGCGUCCUCAUCCCACAGUCCAUGAGUGCCAUGGACCCCCUGUCCCAAAAUCCCUUAAAAGUGCUUGGCUGACUUGGGCCUUAAUGAAGAAUGCAUACUGUAAUUAGCAGUGUUUUUUAGGCUAUUUUUAUGUAUUUUUUAAACUUUUAAAAUGAGCCUGCCCACCUUGUGUUCAGUCGUUUGAAAUGUUUGGGUUCCAUUUUUCAUGUAAAGUUACUGGAACUUUUCUGUAUAACCAAAAUGUAUUUAAUUUGUCAAAUCUUUAUAAUAUAUGUAUGUAUUAUACAGUUUCAUCUCUUAUUAUUUUCUUUUCUUAUGUUUCUAAUUUGAUCUUGCUGUGUUUUUAAUGCCAGUGAAUGUGGCUGAAUUAUUUGUAUAUGCAAAUUGCAAGAUCUAAUACAUUCUGAUGCAAGAACAAAGCUUCCUUUUUAUUCUCCACCUGCUUUAUUUCCUUUAAAUCUUUUAAUUUCA